AUGUCCAUUGAAAUCAUUCCAUAUCAAGAUGAAUAUAAAGAAGAGUUUCAACAAUUAAAUUAUGAAUGGUUAAAUAAAUAUGAUCUACUUGAAGAUUAUGAUGUUCUUAUUUUAUCUGAUCCACAAAAAACAGUAUUAAACAAUGGUGGUUAUAUUUAUUUAGCACAAGAUACUCAAACAAAGCAAAUUAUUGGUACUAUUGGAAUACUUAAACAUGAUUCUACGAAAUGCGAAUUAAUUAAAAUGUGUGUCAAACCAGGAUAUCAACAACAAGGUGUUGCUCGACGUUUAAUAGAACAAUGUUUAAAACAAAUACGUGAACAAUAUCCUGAAAUAAAAAAGAUCUCUUUAUGUUCAAAUAGUCUGCUGAAAGCAGCUAUACAUUUAUAUAAACAUUAUGGUUUUAAAUAUGCACAAAACGAACAUAGACAUUUAGUUACAGCUGAUAUUUAUAUGGAAUUACAAUUGUAA